AUGGCCCACACCGGGCCCAUGUUCUCUGCUGUGGCCGCCUCCGCUCGUCAGAUCCUCCUCCUCCUACGCUGCAUUUCUUUCGCCAAGAAAGCACUGGUCCGCAUAUCCUCCGAUGGCCUCCGCUUCAGCACCGACGAAGGCAGCUCAAUGGAAGCAUUCGUCUUCCUGGAAAAGGCCCUCUUCACAUCAUACACAUACUACCCACUCUUACCACCAUCCUCGCAGGACGACCCACCCGAGCCUCCCAUCUGUGCAAUAGACCUGCAGUCUUUGCUCGAAACACUCAAUAUCUUCAGCUUGUCCGACCCAAAUGUAUCGAAACGGCCUGCCGGCUACGACGACUUUGCUGCACAUCGCCUCAAUCGACAUGCUGGCAUCAAUGCCUUCUCAAACCAUGCCAUGGGCAUGACUGGCGUAUGCACUUUUCGCUACCAUGGCGAAGGAAGCGCUCUCAGCAUCCACAUGUCCGAAUCCGGCGUCACCACCACCUGCGACCUCACCACCUACGAAGCAGAAAGCACCGAAGAAAUCCCCUUCAACCGCAACACCCUCUCCGUGAAAACCAUCAUGCGCGCCAGCUUCCUACUCGACGCCGUGAACGAGCUCAGCUCCCUCACGCCAGCAAGUAUAACCAUCGUCGCCUCCCCCACUACUCGCCCCGGCUCCCACCUCUCACUAUCCGCCGUCGGCGCCCUAGGCUCAGCCUCAAUCGACUUCACCACAACCACAUCAUCCGAGACUCCCGUGUUAGAAACUUUUUACUGCCCAUCAAGGACGAGCGCGAGCUAUCGUUUCACCUCUUUGAAAGCAGCGCAGCGUGCUAUGGCUACCGCGACGAAAGUUUCUCUGCGUAUGGAUGAUGAAGGGGUAUUGAGUUUACAGUUUUUGGUGGAGAUUGAACCAGCGAGUGGGAAUGGGAAUGCUGCUGCUGCGGUGGCGUUUGUGGAUUUCCGCAUUGUACCGUUGGUUGAGGGUGAGGGUGAGAGGGAGGAAGUGGGUGAUGGGGGGGAUGAUAGUGAGUAG